AUGGCUGUCCCUUAUGGUACAGGAUCACCUCGCCCUUCAGGAGCGAGCGAGCGUCUUAGAGAAACCACAAUUGAUGACGGAGUUUGUGAUGCUACUGACUAUUUCAUGAAAGCUCAAAAUGAAAAGAAACGACCUCUUUUUUAUGUUGAACUUAGUGAAACAACAACACUGAAUAAAAACUCUAUUGUUAAAUUUGACACAGAGUUUAUUGACGAAGGAAACAACUUUAAUACAGGAGACGGUAUAUUUGUUGCACCAAUCGCAGGAUUUUAUUUAUUUUCUUGGAACGUUCAAACAUACACUUCGAAAAGUGUAGAAACCGAACUAAGAGUUGACAACAUUGUGAAAGGAAAGCAGUUAAUGGCUUUAUGA